ACAAAUUUUUAUACUUUAGGUACAAUAUUGUAUAUCAACAAACGCGAAAAACUUAUUCGCUUAUUAUGGGGCAGUGGAAAAGUGAUUUUUUUGGAUGUUUUAAGAACUCUUACCUCUCUUUAAUGACAUAUGUGGCACCCUGUUAUGUUGCUGGUAAAAAUGCCGAGGAGGUUGGGUAUAGCUGUAAAACAUUAGGGGUACUUUUCUUUGUUCCAUUCAUUGGAUCUCAUUACAAUUCUGUGAUGAGAACCAGGAUACGAGAACAGAACAGAAUUGAUGGUAACAGAUUUAAAGACUUUUGUGUGCAUACAUUUUGUUAUUAUUGCGCUCUUAUUCAGGAUGCACAGGAAUUAGAAUGGUGGAAACCACGAGAGCCUCCCAAGGAUCAAAAAGUCACAAGAAAAUGAUGACAAUUCGUUUAUAAUUAUUUAUAUAGAAGAUAUAUUAUGAUAUAUAAUUGCCAGUGUACAUACAAUUGCCAGUGUUCAUAUAAGUUCCCAUAAUUUCAGAUACAAUAAAGUUUUGUGAAGUUGUCAAUGUAAUAAACUAUACUCUCACCAAAUACUGAAAUUCGUGUCCCCAUCUCAUGGGAAAAAAUUUGAAUUACCUCUCUUUGUAGUAGACCACAAGCAAAAUUUACAUUAAGUCCAUAAACCUAUCCUUUUGCAUAUUUUUAUUCAUGUACAUUUCGUUCAUUCAAAAACUAAUCACUGAAAUUAGUUCCAAUUAUGCGGUUUUUUUUUACUCAAAACGUGAGAAAAAAAAACACUUUUUAGGGCAUACGAUACAGUUACAGGGGAGGUAAUGACGUUGCUAACGUAAAAUGUUAUUUUCGCGACGUCAAACUGUGACAUAUCGGGAACAGAUGCAUUUUACCACUGAUUUUUAUCAUUCAAACUGAUUUAAUUUGAAAACGAGGUCAUGGACCCCUAUUUUUCCAAACUGGAAUUUGUAUCAUUUUGCAGGGAGAUUAUGUGACCCAAAUUUUAUAAAACUGUAAAUAGAGGAUUUUUUUAAUUUUGAUAAACAUGCUGCAAAAAAUGACGUAUUUUCCUCAAUUCAUAAACAUUUGAUAAAUAUGAGUCAUUUCUGAAUAAAAAAUGCAUAUUUUUUAAAAGACUUAUAAAAUACAGAAAUUACCGAUUAUUUAACAAAAAACAAUAUGUGUUCAUCUUUUAUAACAAAAAAAGUUAUGUCUUUCUUUAGAAAAAGAAAUUACGGCCCCAAAUCUGAAUUUUGAGCAAAUAUACAAAAUUUCGACCUCAUUUUACUCAAAAAUUAGCACAUGAAGGUGUAUUUUUUUAUUACAUAUUUGAUUUAAACAGAUAAGAAAUAGCCUAUAUGCAAAUUUUCACGAACUUGUAAAUACAGGAUCAAAACUGUGUCGUAUGCCCUUAAUAAAUUGAUUCCUUUUUUCGAUAUCUCGCCAUAUUUUUUUUCUUGAAAUGAACAUUAUAGACUCUUAGCUGAUAAAUUCACCUAAAUCAAGUGAAGAAAAGCAUAAUAAACAUAAUUAUGAGUUU